AUAUAUAUAUAUAUAUAUAUAUAUAAAAAUGAGCUGUGCUUCAAGACGGUAGAGUCAGUAAACGUUCAGAUGGUUGAGAUGUGCUUGUGAUGCCUUACAAGUUAACACGAUAGCCAGUGAGCUUAACAAAGCACCCUUUCUGUCGCCUACUCUCAGACAUCCCACGCCUAAGGAUUUGCACUUUUACAUAGAAGCCUAUUUAAGUUAUUUUGAAUUUAAAUUGCAAAUUUUCGGGGGAAAAACAUUUGUACAGGUUGUGUAAAUGGUUGUGUAUAACUUGCUGUUUAAUAGUAUCUUUUGAGUUAAACUGUAAAUGACAUCUGAAUUUUCCUUUCAUGUCUUCUUGAUUCUCCCAACUUUGUUUUUUUUUUUUAAAUAAAUGUCCCAUUAACAGCUCCUUGUUUUAUGUUCAUUUUAAAAUGUCAAAAUUCUGUCUGUAUGACUAUUGCUGUAGUUUGUUUUUUUUAGUUUCUGUCUUCACUGUAUACAAGAAGUUUAACUGGCAUGAAAUAUUAAAGCCUCUGCGUUGAUGCUGUAGUAGCACAGUUGACUAAUUUUGAUGGCACAUGACAUCAUGCAAAGAACCAAACGGGUAUUAUUUGACUAUAGAAAACAGAAGCCUGUGGUCCUACUUCAAGCACUCACACCGAACAAAGCAUAUAGUUAAAAUGCCUUUAAUAGUUUAGCAUAUAAAAGUAAAAAAAAAUACAAAGAGUCUUCCUCAGAGGCUAAAUUACACCAGCAUGUCAAACAAUAAAUAUAUCACAGGGAGGUGGUGUGGAAAAGAAUUACAUAAUCAUUCAUUUAGGCUAAUUAAUUCAUAAAACAUCAAAAACCUGUAAUAACAAAUAAGCAAUAGUCUUCAAUAUUAUACCUGUUUAAGUAAACAUUUUGUUAUUCUUCCAUGUUCUGUCUUUAACUUUCUAACAUGAAACUAAAUAUCGUUUCCCAAAAAGACUACAACAGACUACAACAAUGGUCGCACGCAUUGUACGUCAUCAUGGUCAGCUGACUGCGACUGCAGCUCGCGACAAGAGUGGAAAUGCGUUUGUUUUGUUGUGUUUUUCUAAAGUGAAUUAUGUGAAAGGUUAAUUUAUUCCCAUACAAAGUGUAAGGCACGUUGGUGGUCACGUGACUCUUCGGUUCACUUUGUUUAUUGACAUAUAAGUGAAUAUAAAGUUAUAUAAAGUUUCCAUGCUCGGUCGCAGAUAUGCAUUGGAAAACCUUUUCUGUCUUUGCGUUACUUCUAAACAUUAUCAAAACUUCAAGCAACUUCAUAUGUCAUCACAGUGGAUGUGGGGAGACCAGUAGGAGAUCUUAAACACUUCUGGGAAAGCACUGGUUUCUGUCCCCCGCUCCCUCACACCCAGGCCCACCAGUUUGACCUGAGCGUCGACCAGCAGCUGAACCUGGCCUAUGUGGGCUCGGUCCCCCAUGGAGGGAUCCAGCAGGUCAGGAUACACUGGAUGUUGGAGCUGGUCACUGCACAGGAUAUUGGAGGACAACCCCAGUACAACUUCACUAAACUGGACCAGCUGAUAGAUCUCUUGUGGAUUAAUGGACUCCGACCAGGUUUUGAACUGAUGGGCAGUGUCUCUAACUAUUUCACUGACUUUGAGGACAAACCACAAGUGGUCGAGUGGAGAAACCUGGUUUAUCUCAUAGCCAAGAGGUACAUCGAUAAGUUCGGCCUGGGAAGCGUCUCUCAGUGGAACUUUGAAACAUGGAACGAGCCGAACAACCACGACUUUGAUAAUGUCUCCGUCUCAAUUCAGGGGUUUCUAAACUACUAUGAUGCCUGUUCGGAGGGUCUGCGCGCUGCCAGCGGUCUCCUGAGGUUCGGGGGUCCGGGAGACUCCUGUCAUUCUCCCCCACACUCCCCUUACUGCUGGGCCAUGCUGCAGCACUGCUACAACGGCACCAACUACUUCACUGGGGAGACGGGGGUCAGGAUGGACUACAUCGCCCUGCACAAGAAGGGAGGAGGCUACUCAUUGCCCAUCCUCCAGCAGGAGAUCCAGACGGUGGGAGAGAUCCAGGAGCGUUUCCCCCAGUACCGCAGCGUCCCGGUUUACAAUGAUGAGGCUGAUCCGCUGGUGGGCUGGUCCCGGCCGCAGGAGUGGAGGGCUGAUGUGACCUACGCUGCCAUGGUGGUGAAGGUAAUAAACCAGCACCAGGAUCUGCUGCUGGCUGACCCGACCAGCACCAUCAACUACACCCUGCUCAGCAACGACAAUGCCUUCCUCAGCUACCACCCGCACCCCUUCACCCAGCGCACGCUCACCGCUCGCUUCCAGGUCAACAACACCCAGCCGCCUCACGUCCAGAUGAUCAGGAAGCCUGUCCUCGCGGUCAUGGGCCUGCUGGCUUUGCUAGGAGAGACGCAGGUCCUGGCUCAGGUUUUGAGCUCAGCAGGAACCAACAACAGCACGCUGGGAGUUCUCGCCAGCAACCACAAACCCGUAACACGGGGCGGCUCAGACAGCUGGCAGGCAGCGGUGCUGGUCUACAACAGUGACGACAACAGCAGCUCCACUAACACUGACGCUAUCACCGUGUCGCUGAAGGGACUGGCUGCACAAAAGGGUCUUGUGUAUGUCACAUAUUACAUUGACAAUAAUGUAACCAACCCGUACCAACUGUGGCAGAGCAUGAGCAGCCCCGACUUCCCCACCGCAGAGCAGUUCAGACGCCUCAGGAGUGUGCAGGACCCUCAUGUUGAUGGACCCUGGGACGUUCCUGCAGGGGACACUCUGACUCUGAAAGCCAAACUGUCUGUGCCCUCUGUCCUCCUCGUCCAUGUGUGUGCCCAGCCCAAAGCAGUGCCAGACCAGGUUAAUGGAUUACGCUUCAUCACGAUCACCAAAGGCCAAGUCCUGGUUGUGUGGUCAGACCACUGUGUUGAUUCCAAAUGCAUUAAGACAUUUGAAGUGGAGAUCUCCACAGACCACAAGGAAUUUAGCAGAAUUAAUACUCAAGACACCAUUUUCACUUCUUGUGUUUAUUCACCUGUGGACCUGGAGGUUGGCGGGCUGUACAGAGUCCGAGCUGUGGACUACUGGGGAAGGCCCGGCCUGUACUCGCUGCCAGAGAGGUACUCGGAGGAGCACUAAACCAAGGUCAAGUCUGGUCGUGUUUAUAGUGUGUUUCUAAAUAGUUUUGUAAAAUGUAAAUACAUUUUAUAGAGAUCAAUGUGCUGAUCAUAUAUGUUAUAUAUUGUAUGGGUCAUUUAAUUAAGUCUCAUAUUUACUUUUUAUGCUUAUUUUUUUAAUGCGUUUUUUUAAAGGUUAAUAAUUUCCUGAAACAGCUGGGUACAGUAGUUUUUUAGUAAAGUAAAUAGCACAUUUGUUGGGGACUACUUUCAGCGGUGGAUUGAUACACAGAUAAAUAAUGUUGCACAACAAUAGAUGUCUCUGGUACAGAAGGUUCAUGAUACACAGGUGAUACUUGUUCUUUGUUGACUUUGGUCUUUUUCAUGAGAUUCAUCAAUACUAAGAAGAACAUACAGAAUAACUCUAGACUUUUAAUAUAUUUACACAUGAAUAGGACAACUUAUUACACUUGUUAAAAUUAGAUUUCACGGUUCAUGCUUGUGGUGCAGUUGCAGAUAAUACAUAAUGUCACUGAGCAAUGAGAUUAGUAAUGAACUGAUGAAUACAUGAGGAUUUUGUUAUCUUUUUAAAAUGUGUAAUAUUCUAUUUUUUUAAUACUCAUAUUUGUAUACAAUUGUGUUUUUUAUGUUUGUGCGCUGGAUAAGUAAAAGUCACUUGUUUAAAAGGUCGUUUUUACAAAGACAACAGCAAGUUUCUUUACAAAAUGUAUUGUCACCA